CGGUAGCUCACUUGAAGUUUGAAGAAAAAGAGUGCACGAACGUUUUUUUUCGAUCGGUAGUUUUUUAUAAGGAGCGACAUUUAGAUAUGUGUGACGACGAAGUUGCCGCAAUUGUCGUUGAUAAUGGCUCUGGCAUGUGUAAAGCCGGAUUUGCUGGUGAUGAUGCUCCACGGGCGGUUUUUCCGUCCAUCGUUGGCAGACCACGCCACCAGGGUGUGAUGGUUGGAAUGGGUCAAAAGGACAGCUAUGUUGGAGACGAGGCUCAGAGCAAAAGAGGUAUCCUCACCCUAAAAUACCCCAUAGAGCAUGGAAUUGUAACAAACUGGGAUGACAUGGAGAAGAUCUGGCAUCAUACAUUCUACAAUGAGCUGCGUGUGGCCCCAGAGGAACACCCAGUUCUGCUGACAGAAGCUCCCCUUAAUCCAAAGGCCAACAGAGAAAAGAUGACCCAGAUCAUGUUUGAGACCUUCAACUCCCCCGCCAUGUAUGUUGGUAUCCAAGCAGUGCUUUCGCUGUAUGCAUCUGGCCGUACCACUGGCAUUGUAUUAGAUUCUGGAGAUGGUGUGAGCCACACUGUUCCCAUCUAUGAAGGCUAUGCCCUGCCCCAUGCCAUCCUUCGUCUUGACCUUGCUGGGCGUGACCUGACAGACUACCUGAUGAAGAUCCUCACAGAACGUGGAUAUUCCUUCACUACCACAGCAGAGAGAGAAAUUGUUCGUGACAUCAAGGAAAAACUGUGUUAUGUUGCACUUGAUUUUGAGCAGGAGCUGGCAACUGCAGCACAGUCAUCCGCCUUGGAGAAGAGCUACGAGUUACCAGAUGGUCAAGUGAUUACCAUUGGAAACGAGAGGUUCAGGUGUCCAGAGUCCAUGUUCCAGCCUUCUUUCAUUGGCAUGGAAGCAGCUGGAAUCCAUGAAACGUGCUUCAAUUCCAUCAUGAAGUGUGAUGUGGAUAUCCGUAAAGAUUUGUAUGGUAACUCUGUGUUAUCUGGAGGGAGCACUAUGUACCCUGGAAUUGCCGACCGCAUGCAGAAGGAAAUCACUGCCCUUGCCCCAAGCACAAUGAAAGUCAAAAUCAUUGCUCCACCAGAAAGAAAAUACUCCGUAUGGAUUGGUGGCUCCAUUCUUUCCUCUCUGUCAACCUUCCAACAGAUGUGGAUAAGUAAGCAGGAGUAUGAUGAGUCUGGUCCCAGCAUUGUGCACAGAAAGUGCUUUUAACUGCUUAUUCAGGAUUGAAAUGGUCAGAAGCACAUGCACAGUCUGAAAUCUUUGUUUUUCACUAGGAGUUGACAUUUUAUUUAACUUUGUUAGGUGCAUGGCAAAAAAAGCCAAACUAAAUUCUGAAGUUAUUUCGUUAUUUUAUAAGCAGAAAUUGCGCCUUUCAAAAUUGAAGUAUAAUCUUUGCUAUAAAUCUUUUAAUAUUGAUGUUUUAAAUUGUUAUGCCAGUUUAUUGUCUGAUAAGUAUUCAGGUAUAAUAAAUUAAUGAUGACAGAAAUUAUUAGAAUUUCUGUCAUGAUAAACAGAUGUUUUAACUUGUUAAAAGUACUCUUGUUAGAGGUGUGAAGGUAAGAGUGUUAAUAAAUGAC